AAGUUCGUCUCCCAUUGCAAAAAUAAUUUACCUUAUUUCGAUUUCUGUUUAUUUUCUUAUAAAAAUAAGAAAUAAAAAUGAAGCAAAAACGUAAGCAUUCCGAAACGGCGGACGCAAAUAGCAAGCAAAAUCCACAUACCGUGACAGUGUCACAAAUUAGCGCCGACAUUAUAUGGCAGCUUGCAUCACAAUACUGGUCCCCCGAGACACCAGCAGACGAACUCCUGCCUUACAAUGGCAAUAUUAUCGAAGAUAUAUAUAGUCGUGAAAUUUUGGAUCACAAAUCGGCGACGCGGCGGAUUAUGAUGCUGGAAUUCAGUCAGUACUUGGAGAAAUAUUUGUGGCCUAAUUAUAAACGUGAAACAGCCUCGCAUGCUCAUCUAAUGUCCAUUGUGGCUAUGGUUAAUGAAAAGUUUCGCGAACGAGUAGAAGUUUGGCCACUGUUCGAAGCUAAACCGGAGGAGUUUCCCGCUUUCUUUAGACACGUGCUGGAAACCUGCUUGCCAACGGAUGAUAGUAGAGGCAGACACGCGACAAUGCGUGAAAAAACUGCGUUACUUAUAUUUCUCAAUCACUGUUUUAAUAGCAUGGAAAUCGAGUUGUGUCGCGAGCAGGCAAAACGUUUAGUUUCGCUGUCAAUGUGGAGUUGUCUGCAGCCAAAGCGUUUAGAGCAAGAGCUGCGUGAAGUGCCGGAAUGGCGUAAAUUUUGGCGCCGUUUGCAGAAGAAAGAAAAGGGCAAUGCAAAGCCGGAAGUCGAAUGGGAAAGACAUUUUUUGCAGAAUUUAAUCAUACAAUUUUUGCGUAUAUUGGACACCAUACCGUUAGAGGGUGAUGUUCAACCAAAUGUUGUUGCAUAUUGUGAACGUUUUUUGGAAUUUAUUAUCGAUUUGGAAGCACUACUACCUACACGGCGCUUCUUUAAUACGGUAUUGGAUGAUACCCACCUGUUGGUGCGCGCACAAAUCUGUAAUUUAGUGCAACGCGAAGAGGGAAAGUUGUUCGGUCAGCUCCUCGACAUGUUGAAGUUCUAUACGCGCUUCGAAAUCAGUGACGUUACCGGCGACUCACUAACCGAUCAUCAGAUGACACAGCUGCAUUACAAGAAAAUCACUUCACUACAACGUGCGGCAUUCGCCAAAUUUCCCGAUUUGCGACUGUUCGCUUUGUCCAAUGUCGCGAAUGUAGACACGCGCGAUGCGCUGCAACGUCACUUUGGUGCAUUGGAUGCAAAAGCGCUCAAAGAAAUUGCAUCGUUUUUGAAUUUGGUGCCGGAAGCACUAGAUCCACCCUUCCAAUGGCAUCGGCUCGACGAUGAAUUCCUCAAGGAGCUGUUGAUAACGCGUCACGAACGUCGCUGUUCACAGCUGGAGGCGCUCAAUGAGAUGCCACUCUAUCCCACCGAAGAUAUAAUAUGGGACGAAAAUGUUGUACCUUCCGAAUACUUUUCGGGUGAUGGUUGCUUAGCCUUGCCAAAGUUGAAUUUACAAUUUCUUACUUUACAUGAUUACUUGUUGCGCAACUUUAAUCUGUUCCGCUUGGAAUCCACCUAUGAGAUCCGACAGGACAUUGAAGAUGCUGUUAGUCGCAUGUUGCCGUGGCAAUCGGAGGAUGGUGGUGUCGUAUUUGGCGGCUGGGCGCGCAUGGCUCUGCCGAUAGCCACAUUCGCCGUGGUUGAGGUGACGAAGCCGCACAUCGGCGAGCGUAAACCGUCACGCGUGCGCGCCGAUGUCUCGGUAACCUUGUCCGUACGUAAGGAAAUUAAAGAUGAGUGGGAGAACUUACGCAAGCAUGACGUAUGUUUCUUAAUAACAGUGAAGCCGACUAAGCCUUACGGCACCAAAUACAAUCCACGGGAGCCCUUCAUACCACAAGUGGGUCUCGUGUAUGUGCGCGGCUGUGAGGUGGAGGGUAUGUUGGAUGUCAAUGGACGUGUGAUAGAAGAUGGUCCCGAACCACGCCCACAAUUGCCCGGCGAGCAACGCACCUACCGCGUUUGGUUGGACUCGAAUCAAUACCGCUUGGACAUGGACAAUUUACAAGAUGGUUCCGAUGAUGUCUACGAGAGCUUUAACAUCAUAAUGCGUCGCAAGCCAAAAGAGAACAACUUCAAGGCUGUGCUGGAGACCAUACGCCAUUUAAUGAAUACCGAAUGUGUGGUGCCGCCAUGGUUGCAUGACUUACUGCUCGGCUAUGGUGAUCCGGGUGCUGCACACUACUCGCACAUGCCGAAUCAGGAGCGCAGCCUAGAUUUCAAUGACACUUUCUUGAAUUUCGAUCAUCUACAAAAUAGUUUUCCAGGCUAUGAGAUUAAAUGUGCGGCGGCGGAGGAAAAGCGCGUACCACCAUUCCGUUUGAUAUUUGAAGAUGUGCCGCAAGAGAAAAAUGGUGAUGAUGAUGAUAAGGAAGAUGACACAAAUAUGAAGGCCGCCUUGGAAAAGGCCAUUGUGGUACAGCCAUAUGUGUACGAAAGCCGUGGUCCAUAUGUGGCUAACAAACCGAAACAAAACUCGGUACGUUUCACCUCUACCCAAUUGGAAGCCAUACGCGCUGGCAUGCAACCCGGUCUAACGUUAGUUGUGGGCCCACCAGGUACAGGCAAAACUGAUGUGGCAGUGCAAAUCAUAUCCAAUAUCUACCACAAUCAUCCCAAUCAACGCACUUUAAUCGUAACACACUCCAAUCAGGCGCUUAAUCAACUCUUCGAAAAAAUUAUGGCUUUAGACAUUGACGAACGGCAUUUACUACGUCUGGGUCACGGCGAAGAGGCACUGGAGACGGAGAAAGAUUUCAGUCGUUAUGGGCGCGUCAACUACGUGUUGACACAACGCUUGGAAUUGCUUAAGAAAGUACAAAAGCUGCAGGAAUCGCUCAAUGUGCUCGGCGAUAAUGCGUACACUUGCGAAACAGCCGGUUACUUUUAUCUCUACAAUGUAGUGGCGCGUUGGGAAAAGUUCCUUACACAAGCCACAGCCGUUUCGGUAGCAGCGGAGCCGGCGGCAUGGCGUGCAGUCUUCGAGAAAGAAUUUCCUUUCACACGUUUCUUCGCCGAUGCGCCACAACCACUAUUCAAGGGCGACACAUACGAUGAAUAUAUGGAAAUUGCCAAAUCUUGUUUCCGUUAUAUAACGCAUAUUUUCACAGAACUGGAGGAAUUUCGUGCAUUCGAACUGUUGCGCACCGGUUUGGAUCGCUCCAAAUAUUUGCUUGUGAAAGAAGCAAAAAUCAUAGCCAUGACUUGUACACACGCUGCGCUGAAGCGUAAAGAACUAGUUAAUUUGGGCUUUCGCUAUGACAACAUACUGAUGGAGGAGGCGGCGCAAAUUUUGGAAAUUGAAACAUUUAUACCGCUGCUGCUACAAGAUCCGCUCGAUGGUUAUAAUCGUUUGAAACGUUGGAUUAUGAUCGGUGAUCAUCAUCAAUUGCCGCCGGUCAUUAAAAAUAUGGCAUUCCAAAAGUACUCGAAUAUGGAGCAGAGCUUAUUUACGCGCUUGGUGCGUUUGGGCGUACCCACUGUCGAUUUGGAUGGCCAAGGACGUGCCAGAUCAAGCAUAUGCUCUUUAUACAAGUGGCGCUACAAGAGACUAGACGAUCUUUCGCAUAUCUUAGAGCGCACGGAAUAUCGUAAUGCAAAUGCUGGCUUUGUACACGACUAUCAGCUCAUCAACGUGGAUGAUUUCAAGGGUGUGGGCGAAACGGAACCGAAUCCGUUCUUUUAUCAAAAUCUCGCUGAGGCUGAGUAUAUAGUAGCUGUUUAUAUGUACAUGCGUCUAUUGGGCUACCCCGCCGAGAAGAUAUCCAUAUUGACCACCUACAAUGGACAAAAGCAUUUGAUACGCGAUGUAAUCAAUGUGCGUUGUGGCAACAAUCCACUCAUCGGCUGGCCAUACAAAGUCACCACUGUGGAUAAGUAUCAGGGUCAACAGAAUGACUACAUACUGAUUUCAUUGGUGCGCACAAAAGCGGUUGGCCAUUUGCGCGAUGUACGUCGUUUGGUUGUGGCUAUGAGUCGUGCGCGUCUCGGCUUGUAUAUUUUCGGACGUGUAGCAUUGUUUAAGAACUGUUUUGAAUUGCAACAAACAUUUAAAUUGCUCACACAACGUCCACAGCGGCUGCAACUAAUACCAGAAGAAACCUAUCCCGCACAGCGUUUAACCAACGACAAAGUCGAUGCACAAAACUUGUGCGAAGUAAACAAUAUGUCUCAUAUGGCCGAGUAUGUAUACGAAAUGUAUAUGAAACGUAUGGAAGAGAUAAAGGAUAAGCUACCAGCACAAGGUGACUUGCAAAUGUACGCCAACUUACCGCAGGAGAGUGUAGGCGACGUGUCUGCAACACCUGAGACAGAAGAAGCCGCCGGAGAAACAGAAGAGCCGCCAGCAAAGCGUCCAACUAACGAAAUAAAAAAGCCAGAUAAAGCUGCUGCUAAAUUCACACCCACGCCGAUUGUUAAUGAAAUCAACAUGGAGGAUGUGGUGGAGCAGGAGCAGAAAGCGCCAGCUGAGACAGCAGCGGCAAUAUCCACCGAGACGGAGGAAAUUGUGACGCCUGAUGAAACUGAUGCUGCUGAGGCGCCGACGAAUGCUGAGUGAUUUGCUUAUUCACUGAAAUAUUAUUAAAGUUUAAAAUGUCAUCAAAAUAACAAAAGAUUCAUCAAUAAAUAUAGAAAUA